AUGGAGAGGAACAUCGAGCAGGAUGAGGCCAGGUCCUCCGCUGACCUCCGGAUACGCAAGUCCCAGCACUCCGUCCUGUCCCGCAAGUUCGUGGAUGUGAUGACCAAGUACAACGAGGCGCAGGUGGAUUUCCGGGAGCGCAGCAAGGGCCGGAUCCAGCGGCAGCUCGAGAUCAGUGCGUGGCCCCGCCCCCUCCUCCCGGGCCCCAUCAUGGAGUCGCAGAUCUCGAAGCAGGCGCUGAGCGAGAUCGAGGGGCGGCACAAGGACAUCGUGCGGCUGGAGAGCAGCAUCAAGGAGCUGCACGACAUGUUCGUGGACAUCGCCAUGCUGGUGGAGAACCAGGGAGCCAUGAUCGACCGCAUCGAGAACAACAUGGACCAGUCGGUGGGCUUUGUGGAGCGUGCCGUGGCCGACACCAAAAAGGCUGUGAAGUACCAAAGUGAGGCCAGGAGGCUCGUUUGA